AUGAUUAAUGUAAUUUUUGUCUUUCUAUUAGUGGAUAGUCAGUAAGUAAUUUGAAUUGUAUUUAUCAUUGUUUUAUUCCUUUUUCUACAAUAAUAUACAUUUAAGAGGUUUUAUAAAUUCUGUCAAACAUUUGUAUAUUAUUAUGUUCAUUGUGAUGAUUAUUGAAUCAGCCGAAUUUGUUAUCAUGUUAAUUUCUCUGAAUAUUUAUAUGUCAUACAAUUAAUAAAGUAAAAUAAAUAUUAGACUAAUAGUAAUAAUUUUAAAAUGUGUUAAAAAAAAUUAUUAAUUAUAAUAUAUAAUUGUUAUAAUCUUAUAAUUCAAAACAUUUACAUUAUUUUAUAUAUAAAAUAAAUGUUUUUUUUUUUCAUAUAUUAUUAUUAUUAUAAAUUAUAACUGACAUUAUCAGUUUAUUUAUUCAUAAAAAAUAACAAUCUAAAUUAUUUACCUUAUUUAAUUAUAAAUUAUCUUGUACCUGUCUCAUUAAUCUUCAUAUCUAUUGUUGCUAAAAAAUAUUUCCGAAGUCUGAAGUACUUUGGUAAGUAAUAAAAAUUACUUAAAAACUAUUAGAAAUAAAGAUUUCCUACAAGAUUUUGACUCUGUAUAAAGUAUUUUAUUAUAGUCUACAAUUUGAAAUAUAAAAUUGCUUUAUUCAAAUGAUAGUAUGUGUAGAUGGUACAAAUGUUCUGCUGUAUAUGUUAUAUAUCGAUCAUUAUUUUAUAAAGAGACAAAAUUAACAUGUAAACAAAUUUGGUAGAGUUGUUAACCAAUAUAUUUCUACAUAUUUAUAAUUGAUAUGUUUCUUAUAGGAUAAAACCUUAAUUCAACCGAAUCUAUAUACAGUCACAUUUAGGUUUAUUUGAGAAAACUAAUAGGUAGAAUAAAAAGUAAUUUUAUUUUAUUCUCAUGAUUUGACAUUUUUCUCUUGGCUAUAAUAAUUGUCUAAUUUUAUUUUAUUUUAUUAGACAUAUUGAAAUUAUUUUUUAUAUCAUGUGUUGACUUAUAGAGUUCCUAUCAAAAAUGGACGAUCAAGAGCCUCUUGUAGUUAAUGACAACAUUAACAGUAGACUACUUGUAUUUCCUGAAGUAUUAGACAAAAAUGUUGAUGAUAUAAUUGUAAACGAAUGUAAUGUUACACCAACUAAACCACCAGAUCGGUAAUUAAUAUAUAAUUUUUAUUUCAAUAAUUCAAGUAAUUAAAAUUUGUCAUUAAUUUUGUAAGUUUCUAAAUACUAUUAGUAUUAAUAUUUAACAAUUCAAUAGGUUUAUGAUGAAUUAAAUCGAAUUGAAUGACAAAAAUAUUAUGUUAUGUUAUUUAAUCUGUUUAGUUCUAUAAUUAAUAUGUUGUAAUAUUAUUACAUAAUAAUAUGUUUUUUAGGUAUAAUAUUGGAAUUUUAAUAUUUUGUAUACUUGGCACUUGUCUUCUUUUACCCUGGUACUUUUUUAUUACUGCCAAUGAUGUAAGUUAAUUUUUUUGGUAUGAAUUUCAUUUAUAUACUUUAUUAAUUUGUUUAUAUAUUGUAUUUUAAUUUCUAGUAUUGGAUGUAUAAAUUACGGACAUUACCGGAAAAUAAUCAAAUACAUUUAUUUAUGCUAAAUAAUAAUGAAGAUCGUUCAAAACUUCAAACAAAUUUUACAUGCCUUCUUACUAUUGCCGCAUCAAUUCCUAGUACACUAACAUUACUGCUUAAUACACAUUUGGCAAAAAAGUAAUUAAUAGUAAAUUAUUUUCUAAAAUUGAAUAAUUUUAAAAUGAAAUGUCAAUAUUUUCAGGUCAUCAAUUCAAUUUCGAAUGAUUAGUUCCUUAAUAUCCAUGAUUAUUUUGUUCACAAUUACUACAGUUUUAGUUAAUGUGGAUACCGAUUCAUGGCAAAUAUUGUUCUUUUUGAUUACAUUAGGAUCAGUCAUUUUUUUAAAUAGUGAGUUUCCAUUUACUGUUACUGUUACAGUUACUGCACAAUAAACUAGUAAAAAUAAACAAUUACAAAAUUUAUUAUUUCUUACAUGAAAGGUGAUAUCAUUUAAUAAUGUAAUAGUUUUAAAGUGUUUUAGUUUUACAAUUGUAUAUUCAAUUUUUAAAUAUUAAAUAACAAGUUUUGUAAACUUAGUAAAAGACAUCAAUCAUUUGUUAUUUUAUCAAUUCCUUUUUUUGAAUGCCAUUUUUAAUCUUAUGCGCAAUAAUGUAAAUUUAAGAAUAUGUAAUUGGGUAAAUGUUUGUUUUUAUUACAUGAGCAUAAAAAGGUGGUACUUAUAUGGUACCUAUAUUGGAUCAUUUAUUAAACUCUGUAAAUUGCAUAAAAAAUUGUUUAAGCGUUUUAGAUUUUAUUUUUUUUAAAUUUCUUAUCAAAAUUACUUUCAUGAAACUUUUAACAAAUAAUUAAUUAUUUUUAAACAUAUUUUAUAAAAUAUUAUUUACUAAAAGUUUAUCCUUUAAUGUCCUUGUUGCCAAACAUUCUUACUUAACCUAUUUAAUAGUAAACCACAAAAUUAAUCUCUUUUCAAAAAUUUGAUCAAUCCACUAAGAUUUUAGUACUUCACCGAUUCAAUCCAGAUACAGUUAAUUUACUAAUUAAUAGAGAACGGAUUAUAUGCACAUAAACCCAUUAAAAUAUGUUUAAACUAUUAUAAUAAUUCAUAAUAAUGAGUCAUUAAAAAUUAACUAUUUUUAAAAAUUUCAUUAAAGAGUAAUUUUUCAUAAACUAAAAUACUAUUUAAUAUUUUGUUUUGUAAUAUAAAAAAAAAAAACAUUUAAAUAGUAUUAGUUUCUCUUCAGAUUUCAAAUAUAUUAUUCUGAUAAAAACACACUUAUUUAUAUAUAAAUCCGUUCUCUAUUAAUUAAUAUUUUUUAGUUGGAAGCUCGAUUAUGCAAGGAGCUGUGUUCAACCUGGUCAGUUUCUUUGACAGUAGUUACAUGACAGCAACUAUAUGUGGUCAAGCAUUAGGAGGCAUUGUCACUGCGAUAUCUCAAAUACUAGCUUUAUGGUGGGGUGCAUCAUCUGUUCAUAGUGCCUUCAUUUAUUUCUUGUUUGCCAAUAUUUUGAUUUUGAUUUCCCUAGUAUUGUAUACUGUUUUGGUGAAAAUGGUUAGUAUACAUUUUAUUAAUUUUAAUAUAUUUUUACAAAAUAUAUGUUAUUGAUUUCACAUUUAUAUGCUACCUAGUACAUACCUAAUAAAACUUAGUUUUUUAUAAAUACAGUAUAAAUAAUUUUUUAUUGAUGUCACCUAUUAUUUUUAUUUUUAUGAAAAAUAGACUAAUAGGUGAAUAAAGAAAAAUUAUUGUUUCCUUGUGAGUUUGAAGUUACGCUCUAUGUCCUGAAAAAUUAAUAAACAUUCAUAGAAUGAUAUUUCACACAAACCACUUAUUAAUAUUUAAAUAAUUUUUUUUAUAAAAAUUACACUUACAUUUUAAACUUUUAUUUAUUAUAAAAUCAAUGUUUUUUUUUUUUAUUUUUUUGUCAUUGGUUCUUACUAUGUCUCAAGAUGUUGGUUAACUGUGUGUUAACAUAAUUUUACCAGUUCACAGAAAAUUUGAUUGCUGAUUAGCAUUAAAUAGACAUUGUAAAACGGGCCUUAUACUACAUUAUACUAUUCAAGUUAUAAUCUUUAAAUUUAAGAUUGUUCUUUAUCUCGAGUUGUAAUUACUGUAAACAUUAGGUUAUUUUCCUUUGAAACUAAUGUAUUUAUAAAAUAAUUUCACAUGUUUAAAUAUCCACUACAAAACUAUAAUAUUUAGUAAUAUUAUACAAAGUUAACAAGUAGUGGUAGCCAGAAAAUACACAUAAUUAUUCCUUAAAUUAUAAAUUUUAUAUAUAUAUUUAUGGUUUAAUUUACAAUUAUGCUGAAUCAUUCAUUUAAUUUUGUUUUUUUUUUUUAGAAUAUUUACAAAUAUUAUGUUGAAGAUGUACCCGCCAGUAUACGCGCAAGAUCUUCUACACAGUAUACUCUAAUUGAUUCUAAUCAAAUAGUGGCAGUUGACAAUUAUGUUGUCUUAAAAAAAGUAUAUUUUUUAUUUUCUAUACCGUAGAACCUUGAUUAUCCGAGGUAAUGGUGGGGUGGGAUCACAUGGAUAAAUUAAAACCACGGUUAAUCAAUACUUUAUUUAACAAAUUCAGUAAUAUACAAUGUUAUACUUAUAUAUAUCAGUGUGUACAAUGCUAUAUAUACCUAUAUACAUAUACAGGGCCGUAUUUAGGAAAUGGCUUGUGUAGGCAAUUGCCCAGGACAAACAUUUUAGGGGUGCUGAAAAAAUAGUUAAAAAAAUCUUUUUUUUUCAUUUUGUGUUUAAUAAUUUCCAAAUUUUUUUUCAUACUCAUUGUAUUUUAUCACAAUUUAUUUAAUGUUUUACUUUUAUAAUUAUAAAUAAAACAUAGUCAAAUAUAUCGUAACAAUGUCCAUUUGUUGCGAAAAUGUGUGUUGACCAGUAGUUGUGUUAUAAUUUAUAAAUAAUACAACAUUUCAGUAUAAAUACCAGUAAGUGGUCAAAUAAAAUCAUGGAAAACAAUUUCCUUUUAUUCAUGAAAACAACAGAGUUAUUGUCAAUAAUAUUAUGUUUAAGUUUUUGAAAACUAAUUUUAUUUAAAAAAUAUUACUAUGAAACACUGCCUUGUAGGUUUACUAACUUAUAAGUUACAGCAGUAAAGUAAGUACUACCAAUAUCUAAAAAUAAUAGAGUUAAAAACAAUAUGUUUUUUUUUUUUUAUCAGUUUAUGUGGAAAAAAAUGUGAAGGGGGCCGCACGGAAAUAGUUGUAGCCCAAGGCCGCCAAAAAACUAAAUACGGCCCUGUACAUAUGUGUACACCGUCAUGUUAUAAAAUUAUCAGUGCUUGAAAUAUGAAGUAGUCAAAUUUUUAUACUUUGAAAUGAUUUAUACUUUUCUGUACUUCACCUCUAAUUUUUCUUAAAUUCCUGAUGUCUGAAUGUCUGAUGUCAGGUAAGUCAUAAUUAUUUUAAUUUAUUUUUCUUAAACUACAUACUAUAACUGCUUACGUGUCUAUGCCUUUACUUUUGGUACAUACAAAUUCUCGAAGAAUAAGUACAGUUAAUUGAGGUACUCAUGUAAUUAUUUUAAAAUAUAAGUAUAUAUAUAUAUAUGGAUAGUUAUGGACACUAUUUUUUUAAUAAUUAUAAUUUUCUAUUAGUAAUGAAUUGGUUUUACUUUGUGCAUUUUUGUAACUGUAUUUUUUUUUGUCUGUAACUAUUCUACUAGAAAUCUUGCUUAAAACACUUUUAAGUAAAUCUAGUGUCUAGUACAGUGUAGCGAUUUCCUUAUUUAAAAUGCAUAAAAUUACAUUUUUGUACAAAAAAUCUUUGUCCAAAAUUCAAGAAUAUUUUGUGAGUGUAAUAGUUAUUUGAUUUUCCAUAUAGUUUUCCUAAUAACUCUGAAAUACGGCAUUUGGAUUUUUUUUUGUUAUUCGGUUAAAAAUUACUGUAGAGACCUGUAGUUUUCAUCACCAUUUGUAAACUUGGUAAAAUUUUAAAAACAUUCUAGCUAUUUUUAGGCAUCUGAUAUUUUUGUAUUUUUACAUAUAUUAUUUGGUAGGUAUUUGUUAUUAAAAUUAUAUAAUUUAAAAUAAAUGAUUGAAAAUUUAACACAAAUAAGUUGUACUUACUGGUCAAAAAUAGAUUUAAAUUUAAUACAUGGGUUUUUUAUUUUUCAAAAGUGUGUUAUAUGAUCAAAUUUUGAUGAAAAUUGUAAAAAUUAAUGCAUUUUUAAAAUAUGUCUUAUCAAAGUUUGCUUCGAAUUGUUUUUCGUUAGCAAUAGUUUAUAUCUUUGCGUACAGAUAUUAACUAUAUAUCUGUAUGUAUCCUACCUUCCCAACUACCUACCUACAACAGUGCACCAUCUCCCUUUUUUUCUUUUUUAUUGUAAUUUUGGUAACUAAAUUUAUAUUUUAAUUUUAAUAGAUAUGGAAAUUGGGUUUUAGCCUCUUUUACAAUUAUGUAGUAACUAUGAGUAUUUACCCAGCAGUUACAGUAUUGAUCACUUCUGUCAAUAUAGAACAUACUGCUUGGACAGGUAAUUUUGCAUUUAUAUUAUAGUGUCAUUUUGGUAUUAUAAUUUUUUCUUUUUCUUUUUCUAGAUAUAUAUUUCAUACCAGUGAUAAAUUAUUUACUUUUUAACAUAUGUGAUUUUUUGGGAAGAAUUUUAUCUAAUUUCCUCAAAUUGGUAAUUAUUAAUUUAAUUAAUAUUAUUGCCAAAAUAUUUAUAUAAUUAGAAAUAAUUAUUUUAUUUAAUAUAUUUUAUGAAGUUUAUUGGUUGGAUAGUUAAAAGUUACAUGUACUGGAUUAUUUAUUAAUUAGUAUUGUAUAUAUUAAAGAGGAUAAAUUAUAAUUCUUAAUUUAUAAUUUGAUUACAGCCACUUAAUAGCAUUUGGCCAUCUGUAAUUCUAUCUACACUGAGAACCGCUUUUAUUCCUUUGUUGAUGCUCUGUAAUGCUAAUCCUCGGUAUUACCUACCAACCUUGAUAAAUAACGAUAGGAUUUAUGCAAUUAUUAUGUCGUUAUUUGGAUUUACUAAUGGCAUAGUUAACAAUAUUACUAUUGCUUCUAUACCACAGUAAGCAUUAAUCUUUGCUGAUAGUGUUCUUUUAUUGUAUGUAAUAUUGAUAAAACAUGAUUUUUGUUUACAGCUUUGUCAAUAAGCACGAACAGGAAGUAGCAAGCUCGUUGAUGAUCACAUUUCUUAGUUUUGGUAUCUCUUCAGGUACAUUAAUAAGUUUUGGUAUGGUUAAUUUAUUGUAG